AUGAACCAGGGAAAAACAUUGCUCUUGGUUGAAAUGGAUAUUUGGAGGAGAGCUGAUAGGAUAUCAAGGAUCGAAAGGGCUCAAGCACAGCUCACUUGGCCGACGAUGGGGGAAUCGUUGACAUUGAAGUUGCAACGCUUUAUUGAUUACCUCAACAAUGGUUUCGACGAGUCCAUCAACGAUUAUAUGGACAGCACUUACCUCUGGUUGACUACAAUAUCAGCUGUGUUCCCGACUUUAAACCGUGACAGGCCAUUUCUGUCCAUUUCCAAGCUGUUCCUUUUGAUUUUCAACUGCUCCAUGAUCAUGACCAUUUGGUAUCUGAUUUUCACAGGCGCCGUAAAAUUCUCUAAUUCGAAUUUCAUCCUCUUGAUGAACCAGUUCCAUUUUAUGGCUUUGGUUCAGAUGAGCCUGGAAGUCGUAAGACAUUCUUGGAUGAACAGACCCGAAGAAGGAGCACUGCACAAGUUGAUGGUCGACAACUUCUUCGACUACGAAGAAGAACUGUCAGGAACUUGGACUAGCUUGAGGGAAGUCAUGAAGAGACAGAAGCGUCGCUGUAUCCAAUCCGUCUGCCUCAUCGGAGUCGCGGUGACGACCACGGUAAUCUUGAUACCUACUUUGAACUCUUUGAGUACUGUCGGGUACUCAAACAAGACUCUACACGAUGUCUAUAUGGACUUACCUAUACCAGCACCUGAUAUCCUAACAGAGAACAAAUCCCUUUCGCAUUUCUUGCUUUAUUUGUUCGAAAUUCUUGGCGCUUCCUGUGUAGGAAUGGUCCUGAGCACUAAAUGCAUGAUGUGUAUUGAAAGUAACCUUUAUAUCCAGAUGCAUCUCAAGCUGUUGGUGUUUCAAUACGAAAAUAUUGAGACCAGAGCCCUAACGCUGUACAGGCAGAUUUACGGGACACAUCCGAAUUUAACUGGCAUAAGACUUUACAGCGAUUUAAAAUUUUCUUAUUGCAUUGAUGAAUGUCUAAAAAAAAAUAUUCAACACCAUCAAGUCAUCAUUAAGGCAGUUCGGAAGCUAAAUACUGUUUACGGAUGUUACGUCUUCAGUUUUUAUCUCACAAGUACAGCCGCUAUUGCCAUGAGUAUUCUUUCAACUUCUUCGGUGGAAGAAUUUCCUGGAACUGCUUUUGGAGCCAUUAUAAUCUGCAUUAUUGAAAUAUUUUUUGUUGCGUUAUAUUCCCAUUUUGGACAAUCGCUCACAAAUUUGGGAGAAGACUUAAGGGAAGAGAUAUAUAACAUCAAGUGGUAUUAUUUAAAUAAAAAAACUAAGAAUACUAUAAAAAUAAUUCAAAUUGUCGCAGCCAAGCAAUUGAGUUUUUCUUUCCACAACAUACUACUCAUAAACUACGAUUCCUUUUCAAAGGUCUUGAAUUCAGCCUAUUCUUACUAUAACCUGGUAAAUGCCAACGACAGCCCAGAAGUGGGCGAGUCACUGUCUAAGAUGAACUUCUUCACCUCAGAUGACGAUCUAGAAAAUGAUGAACUAAUCGAUAAGACGUACAAUCGAUUGACGACGAUCUCGGCGAUAUACCCGGUCAUAGACAAGGACCGGCCCAGGCUGUGUCUCAUGAACUUGGCACUCUUUCUGUUCCAUUCUUUGAUCUUGACCGUGAUGACUUCAUCCCUGGUUCAGGGCUCCGUAGAGCUCUUCUACAUCAACUUCGUACCGUUCGUCAACGAGGUACACAUCGCCUUCCUCGGACUCUUGAGCAUCGCUAUACUCUGGCAUUCCUGGUUGAAGAGACCCAAUGUCGCUCGACUUCAUCGGAUCAUAGCUCGAGAUUUCUUCGACUACAAAGAGGACCUCGAAGACAAGAUGAAGACACUUCGUGACGAGAUGAUGAAGGAGAGGAAGCGGCAUAUCCUGUACAUCAUCCUUAUCGGAUUCGCAGCUUCCGUCGUGGUCAUCCUCAUCCCUGCUGUGAACCAGUUCGGUACCUUCCAGUACAACUCCACUAUCCACAGAGUCAACUUCGACCUUCCGGUACCUUUGCCAUAUCCGUUCUUGGGAACGAAACCUCUAGAACUAUUACCAGGAUAUAUCGUAUGCGUUGUGACAGCUUCAAGUAUAGCUUUGAUGAAUUGUACCAAAAGUUUCAUGGCGAUAAAUUGCAAUCUACACAUACAGAUGCAAUUGAAACUUCUGCUUUUUCAAAUAGAAAACAUCGAGUCGAGGGCUGGAAAGUUGUACAUGAAGCUCUAUGGAAUACAACCUAAACUUAAUAACGGAUUAAAAUUGUAUGAAACUAGAUUUAUGAAAUGUUACUCUAUUUGUCUAAGAAGAAAUAUCCAGCAUCAUCAAAUCAUUAUAAGGUAA